UUGUAUAACUUUACUAUUAAAACCAUGAAUUAUCUAAAAUACUGACUACACAGAAAUGAUUGAGCCACAAUAUUGCCAGUUGCCCGAAACCAAUAAGAGAGAGACUUUGCCGUACUAUGAGUACUACUUGGGUGAGAAGGAUGAGCAGAAUAGGAGACAUGGUGUUGGGCAGAACUGCUGGACUGGUCCCGAGUCCAUCGACUGGCAUCACGGCCACUUCCUCCGGGACACGAUGCACGGGCCCGGGGAAUAUCGCAGCCGGUACAAAAGGAAACCGGGCCUAUUCCUCACAUACGAGGGAAGAUUGUACGUGAACCGUAUGCAUGGGUACGGGGUUAUGUCGUACCCGGACGGGAAAGUUUUCACUGGUCUAUUCAACAACGACAUCCGCUACGGUCCCGGAAUCGAGUCCUUCGCAGACACCACCGCCAACGUCGGCCUCUGGCGCGGCACAUCGCUCAUCCGCCUAGCGUGGAGGCCUUUGCCUGCCGUGGCCCCUGAAGUGGCUGCCUGGACGGGAGGCCGAACGAUGGUAGAACCACAUAGGGCAGUGCUGCAGACUGCUUUUAGGACGAUUGACAAAGUGAACAAAGCAGUGGAAUACUUGAAGAAACACGGCUCAGACCCAGUGUCGGCCACCGGAAACUGGACCCGACUGUACCCUAAACAUUGUACAGACAUCGAUAGCCGACUGUGCCACGUGGAACUGUUUGACUACGAGUAUUACAACGGGAAGGUGUAUUCGCUGAAGGAGUGCAACAGUCCGCGCAUUGAUGAGGAUCUUGAAAAAGAAAGCGAAAACAGUUUGGAACACUCCGGCGCAUACUACGCUUGGAACAACGAUCCACUGACCAUAGACAUGAUGAAGCAUAGCUUCAAACAUGAGAAGCAGAGGAAAGAGGUGCAUAUCGACUUGGGGGCUGUGCUGAGCGGACCGAGGACUCAGUUCAAGCCUCCGGCUAUGCAUGAGUUGGAUUGCAGAACUCUACUAAUGGCCUGUUAUUUGGGCCACGUUUCCACGACAACCAGCAUGAUCAACGAGCAAGGACUGGACCCGAAUGUCACUGACGUGCUGGGGAACUCUGCUCUCAUGUAUGCUGCUUGUGGAGACCAAGUCGUCCUCAUCACCUUCUUAUGCGACGGGGGCGCGAGAGUGAACAGCGCCAACGACUCGUGCUGCACUCCUCUAGCCGUUGCCCUGAUCAGACUUCUGUGUGCCAGCAGAGACGUCCCUAGUAGCGGGAUGAUGCAAGCCUUCUUACCACCGGCUACUGGUCCUGCUAACUCCGAACCCCCAACAAUAUUAGAGUGGAAUAUAAAUAGAGAGACACUAUCAGAGCCUCCCAAAAACACAUUAGGAAAGGUACCGAGCAAAAUAACCAAGACGAACAUGAAGGUCAAAUCACUAACAUCUUUCAAAGACCUCCCAUCUCCUAGUAAAAAAAACAUGGACAUGUUAGACGAAAACGAUUUUAAUACUAAACUAUACAGAGAUGUAAACAAUGAAUAUAUAAUAAAAGUAACAGACUCACUUGAACCAGUGUCUCAACCAGUAACAUACUUAUUUGAGCUCAAUAAUAUGAUCAACGAAAUAAACGAAGAACUAGCAAAAUUGGCACAGCCUGAGAAAAAAGAUCCGAAGUCGAAGGCAUCUAAAGUUUUGAAAGAACCAACCAAGCCGAGCAAAGAAGCCAUUUGGCCCAGUUCUCAAAAAGACGAGGAUGUUUCUACCAUGACCAGUGCUGAAAUCCGUAAAGCAGAAACAUGUAACCGAAUCAAGUUGACAAUCCUCACGCUCCUCGAGAACGGAGCGAAGCCAAGCCUGGUACGGUGUCCGCAGCCGGCGCUCGUCAUGGCCAUCCUAGCUGGGGUUCCGGACCUGGUGGACCAGUUGAUACACUACGGAGCUGAUGUCAAUGAGGUUUACCCACAGCAUUUGAACUACUCGCCAUUAGACAUAGCAGUGUCCAUGCCGUUAAACCAAACAACGCUAGACUUGGUCCAAACGCUGCUGAUGGGCGGAGCGAACGCUGAUCACCGGCUGACCAUACCUACUGCGUCGCCAAGAGAAGAUCCGGGGCAGAUGGAAGUGGGACCCGGGCCAACGUUGCUCCAUUAUGUUUUGACGAGAAGGGUUGAAAGCGAAUUUGAGGAUGAUAUUAGAAGACAAAUCAUUCACCUCCUAUUGGAAUACAAAUGCGACCCUUUAGACCGAUACAAUGGACGGUCAGCCCUCGAUGAAGCCACCAAAAGACUGGACCUGCUGGACAUCAUCAUCAAGAACCCCAAAACUGACUUGAACGCUCCUAUUGAUGAUUCCAACCAGACAAUUCUGGUCAAGAUGUUCCAUCCACCGUACUUCAAGACCCUGGGUAAUUUGGAGCGGAGUCAAACGUUAACAAAUCUUCUAUUGUUUGGAGCCGAUCCGUUGAUCGCAUGUGAAAGUGAAGGCGUCAAAUAUGAGAAUCUAUUCGUGAUGGUGAGAAAGGCAUUGGCUGAGAUGAACCCCUCUGGGUCAAAGUUGACAGCCAGCCCAUCACCCAAAAAGUUAGAAGCAAAAGCAAGCUUGACAAAGGGCAAAAAACCUGAUCCGAAAAAAGUAGAUAUGUUAGCGUCCGACGACAUUGCGAAUCUCAAACAAGCUGUCGACCUGAUGACAGAAUGUUCAAGGAUCAUCUACAUCAGGUGGCUACAGACGCAGCUGGCUAAAGACAUCAUUCAAGCAAUAGACAGACACAGGCACCGACAUUGGAGCAUGAUCAUCAAAGAGUGUAAAAACAAAAAAGCAUCCGGCCUCUGGAUCACUGCCCAACGUUGUCUCGAAAUUUGGGGCCGUCUCAAGACAACUCGAAGAAAAGUUUACCAAGACCGAGCCGUAUUAUGGAGACUCCUCUGCAUAGCCCACUUUUUCCACCUGAGGUCGGUGACGAAAUACGGGUUUGACAAAGUGACGACUGCGGAGAAGAAUGAAGCCGAGUCUUAUGCGAGUGAUAUAUUGAAAGAGAAUAAGAAGAGCCCAAUGGUGCCAUUGCAGCGAUAUGUUCAGCCGGAACUGUUUGUUAAGGCGGAUGCAAAAUUCAACGUAUGCUUUGAAUGCUUCUUGCCUCUUACCGAGAACCGAAUCCUAUGUUAUUCCUGCAAAUUGGUCUCCUUUUGCAAUAUGGACUGUUUGAAGGAAAGCAUUGAGAAGAGCAACGGCCACGCUUGCAAUGAUUACCUGAUUCUCAAGUACUUCCCUGAACCACCAGAAACCGUUUUAGAAGACGAACCGAUGCCGAACCAACCGUCCGUAAUAAAAUAAAAUGAAUUGAGUGCCAGACAAAAAUUAUUCAUUAUGUUGUAACUACUAGUAUAUGGAUUUGCAUUAUUAAUUAUUGUUUUUAAUUUAACUUUGGGUGUAGGUGUAGGAAAACAAAUUAACGCCUAA